CCCAGUGUCGCUGGAAACUGGAGAGACAGACUCAUCAAACUUAAAGCAAUAGAGGAAAAGACACUAUUAUAGCACAAACGUACUCUAACACAAGAACCAGCUCCCACCUCCCUUGUGUUUGUCUCAAAACAGUUGAAAAUGCUGAGCCAGAAAACACCGUACGUCACCGACGUCCAGAGCCUUGAAAGCUCGACGCCUGAAGCCAUCACAUACAUUGGCAACAAGAACUUGGACUAUAUCCAGGACUUUGACCAUGAGGCUCAUCCAGAAGAAGUCUCCUCUGACACUGUCAUUCGGAAAAUGGAUAAAGUGCUUGUGUUUCCGAUGCUCGUGGUGUACCUUUUGCAGUUCCUCGAUAAGGUGGUGCUCAAUUACUCCAAUGUCAUGGGCAUGCCCACGGAUCUAAACUUCACAGGUAACCAGUUUUCAGACCUUGCCACGUUCUUCUUCGUGGCGUACAUUGUGGGCGAGCCCUUCCAAGCUUUCUUGUUACAGAAAUUCGCCGUGCACUAUGUUUUGGGUGGAAACGUCAUUGUAUGGGGCAUUGCCACGCUGUGCUGCGCUGCAGUACAGAACUACCACGGCAUGCUUGCGUUGCGUGUGAUUCUCGGGUUUGCAGAGGCGGCAGUCGUGCCGUGUCUUAUUCUUCUCACCACCAACUUCUACGACCGUUCGAAAGCCGCCUUCCGCAUUGGAAUUUUCUACUCGGGGCUCGGAUUCGGCCAGAUUUUCGGCGGCUUGUUGUCUUUCUUAUUUCAGCUCGUGGACAGCACCACCUUUGAAGGCUGGCGCAUCUUGUUCUUGGUGGUAGGCAUCAUCAACAUUCUCACCGGGUUGUACGUGGUUGUGUUCAUUCCACCCGAGCCCUUGAAGGCCAAGAUGCUUUCGCCCAAAGAGAAAUUUGUGCUUUUGGAAACCUUGACAGAGACAAAAAUAGGUGUUGUCAGUCAUAAGUUCAAACCUAGACAGGUUGUGGAGAUGAUGCUCGAUCCACAGUGCUGGCUCUACUUGGUAAUCUCGGCCACCAUCUCAUUUUCUUCCAACACCAUCUCGUCAUUUUCCGCCAAGGACAUUGUAUCUUUUGGGUUUUCCGCCAAGCAAGCUGCACUUCUCAACAUGCCCUCGGGAGUGGUCAGUAUCGUCACGUCGUGGAUCUCCACCUACUUCAUCAUGCGGGGCACGACCCGGUAUGUGGCCAUUUGCGUGCUCCUUGUGCCGGCCAUAUGCGGAGCUGCUUUGAUGUCGUUUUUGCCCAAGUCAAACAAGGCGGGCCUUUUGAUUGGAAUCUACAUGAUUAACUGCAUCACCGCCCCACUUGCCAUAGUAUACUCGUGGGCCUCGGCUAAUGUGGCUGGCUCCACUAAGCGUAUUGGCGUCACGUCCCUCUAUAUAAGUAUCGGGUUUGCUCUUGGAAACAUCACGGGGCCUCAGUCAUAUAGAGCCGAGGACGCGCCGUACUACUAUCCUGCCAAGAUCUCGAUGUUGGCCACGCAGGCUGCGAGUUUUGGUUUGGCUUUGGUCAUUGCGGGAAUCUACUACUUGAGAAACAAGCGCCGCGACUCCAUGGCACUGAAGGAAAAUGUAGAAGGGCUUGUUCUUGAUGUGUGGAGCGACCUAACCGACAUGCAGAACAAGGCCUUCAGAUAUACAUACUGAUUCU